AUGGAUCAGCCAACUUCCGAAGAGCUCGAAAAAAUGCUUUACACCACUUCCAAAACUGAAAAUGAGAUGCACAAUUGUGGUUUUGCUAUAAAUGACAAGCAUAUCAUAUCAUUUAGAAAUGGAAGACAUUCACAUUUGAAGCGAGGCGACAUGCUGCAAUUAUACAAUUUGAGCGAUGUCGAUGUCAAUUUCAAGGUUACCUUUUUUCGUUGUUGCAACUCAUUUGAACAGCUUUCCAGGUAAAAGUUGCCAAUAAUUCCACAGUAUAUGAUGUAAUGGUUUUUGAAGUUACGGAGGGUGAUAUUCCACAUUUCCCAAAGGAACGUGGCUUCCCAUAUCCUGGGAAGGAAUAUUACCAAGUUGGAAUUGAUCAUCAACGAAAACCAUUGUGGCGCAAAGGAGUUAUAACUGAAAAGAAAGGUAUGUCUUUGCUCAAUUCCUCAAUUUUACACAUUCGAGAUGUUUGAUUUAUUGAACAUUUUCAAAAACAUACAUCAAAAAUGAAACACGCAAAUCACAAACAAUGUGUACCAAGUCUCAUUAAAAGUUAAAAAAAAUCAUGAACUUCCCUUGUUAGAUGGAUAUUAUGUGGGACAAUCAAAUGGAGCUACUGGUAAUGCGGGAGAACCAUUAUUUGACACAACUGGACAACUUCUUGGGAUGACUAUUGGUGAACAAAAUCCUCACGAUGUUGCUGAUCAUUUUCGUUAUAUAGUCAGUACUGAUAUGAUUUUGGGAGCUGGAGAUGUUGUGAUUGGCGUAAGUUGGAUAUGAAUCGUUGGUUAGAGAACCGUUUUUGUUUCAGAAAACGAAACAUGUCACUGAAUGCGAGGAGUGUUUGAGAAGGAAGAGAUUUAGUAGUGAAUGGGAGGAGUGA